AUGAAUAGCCGCCUCAAAAAGCUGCUCGCCAAUGGUGAGGAGGUUACCGACGCAGAGGAAGAGGCCUUUCUCCUCUUCAGCCAAGAUAUCCCCGCCGGUAACCUGGGCUUCCUCGAGCCACGCGCACCCACCGUCGACGUGACAAUCCGUGGCGCUGAAUAUACGGUUCAUCAGUCGCCAACGCUGCUAUCAUCCUCCCGCGCUGGAGGUACAACAGGAGCUGUCCUUUGGAAAAUCACCCCUUUCUUCGCCGACUGGAUCUCCUCCCCUUCCAACCCUCUCCGGACCCAUUCCUUCCUCACCCCGGACUCCGUCGUCGCAGAGCUCGGCUGCGGCAUCUCGGCCCUCGUCGCCUUGGCCUUGGCUCCCUCCGUGAAUCACUACCUGGCCACAGACCAGGAGUAUGUGCGCCGGUUAUUCCGCACCAAUCUGGAAGAGAACGCCUCCGUGAAUAGCACCGCCCUAUCCACCAAGCAAAAAGGCACCAAGUCACGCGGCGCUAAGCCCGCCAAGAAGCAGCCUUCUUCCUCUGCCAACAAUGGCCGCCGCAAUGUGACCUUCACCACUCUGGACUGGGAGCUCGACCAGCCCGAAUUGCUGAAGGCAUGUAUUGGCGCCGAGGCCGGGGGCCAGGACGCUGAAGAUGAAGCCGAAGAGGACAAGGGCUUCGACUUGAUCUUGUCGUGCGAUUGUAUCUAUAACGACGCCCUCGUCACGCCAUUCGUGCGCACCUGUACAGAGAUAUGCCGGCUACGGCCUGUCUACGAGCCAUUUGAUGAAAGUGAAUCAUCGCCAUCUGCCCGUCAGCCGACGAUCUGUAUUGUGGCACAGCAACAGCGCGCACCGGACGUGUUUGAAGCCUGGUUGCGGGAAACACUGCGAGAGUUCCGGGUGUGGAGGCUGAGUGAUGACGUUCUUGUUGAUGGGCUGAAGAAUGGAAGUGGCUACCUUGUGCAUCUCUUAUUGGCGCGAGAGAAGCAUUAA